GUCUUUUGUAGCCUCAUCUACAAACCAGCAGUUACAGAGAGAACACGUAUUUUCCGCGAAUAAAUAGCUGUAAACCUUGCUGUUGACAACAAACAUACAAUAACAUAUCAUAGUAUAGUAAUUAACCCAUUCAUUUGAGUCACCAAACGCCUCAUUCAUAAAGCUUUCGCUAUCAACAAAUACGAAAUGUCGCAGCCCGUCGUACAAAUGACAGCCGAACAGCUGCAGUCACUGAUCGAAUCGGUGCGUUUGGCGGCCGUCGCAGGCGUCAGCGUCGCUGCACCAGCCGCUGUCCAAAGCAAAGGCAGUUUCACCAACUGUACCAGCCGUUUUGGUGGUCAGCGCCAUCAGGAGGCCGUCGAGGAGUUCAUAACCUCCAUUGUGACCUACAAAGAAAUCGAGUCGAUCAGCGAUGAAGACGCAUUGAAGGGACUAUCUUUGUUGUUCUACGGACUGGCGUCCACUUGGUGGCAGGGCGUACGUAAAGAAGCGAAAACUUGGGGAGAUGCCAUUGCACUGAUCCGCGAUCACUUCUCACCCACCAAACCCGCCUAUCAAAUUUAUAUCGAAAUCUUCGAGAAUAAGCAAAUCGACAAUAUGCCCAUCGACACAUUUGUCUGCCAGAAGCGUGCACUGCUCGCACAACUGCCUGAGGGGCGUCAUGACGAGGAGACCGAAUUGGAUUUGGUUUAUGGUUUGCUGAACAUGAAGUACCGUAAGAACAUACUGCGUCAGGAUCUUAAAACAUUCCGUGAAUUGCUGGAGAAGGGGCGCAUUAUCGAACACAAUAACUUGGAGUCCGAGGCAAGACAACCACGUUCGAUGCGCGGAACCAAGCGUGGUCAUCAAUGCAACGCAGUCGACAUGCCACAAAGAAGAAGGAUUGAUCUAUACAGAUAUCGACUCAACAAUGGAAAUGCUAACAUUGUGGCGCCGCCGCCACCACCGCCACAACCGAGACAGCAGAGACCGCAAAACAAUGUUACAACGGCAAAUUAAUACUAUUUGAGGGAAUAUCAGACCAUUAGCAUUACAUAAUACAUCCAAAUCUUCAUAUACCUCACUGCCUCCAUUAUAAUCAUUACGUUAUACGCAUGCAUAAUAUAAUUUAAACAUUUCCUAAUUAAAAAUCUCGUUCUUUGAUUAACAAGAUAUGAUCGUCGAAUAAGAGGAAGCAUGAAGUGGUACUUAAGUUUCUACUCAAUGAUACAUGGCGUAUGAGUAAUUCAUAAGUCUAGAACCAUUAUUAAUUAUUAAGCUUCCUGAAGAUCCGAAUCAAUGACCUUGAUCCGAAUGAUUUGACCUUGGUUUUCAAUUACUUAUUCGAGUAAAGACCUUGCUCCAAAACUGAUUAUGUCUACUUUAAACAUUAAGAGAGCAUUAACGUCCCUUUCAGAGACUAACUAUUUUUUUAAAGUUAAACACUUUCAACUUUUUGCAUUUUUUAUUAUAUUAUCCAUAUGAUAUUUAUAACCGUUUCAGCUGCCGCUCUCUUUCUCUCUCUCUCUCUCUCUCUGUGGCAUGAAAUAACUCCAUAAAACAUCAACUUGAAUUAUAAAAUAUUCCUUAGACCAUCACGAGAUAGUGAGAAAAGAAUCGAUAAAGAAAAAUCCAUGUGUUCGAAUAUUGACUUCGCUUGGUAAGGGGUAUAAAACGACUGAUAGGAGUAUUUAUACUUAAGAAUAUCAAGUCCACCAUCUUCUAUCUACCUCACAAUAUAUACAAGUAUAAACACAUAUAUUUUAGUUUUUGUUUUUUUAUUUAUUUUGGUUGGUUUUGGUUAGAAGGGAUAGUUUUAGAAUUUUUGCGUUCGUUGAAGUUCCACAUGCGAAUUCCCAUAAAACUCGAUGCCAAACGAAAAGGCGAUGAAAACUCGCAAAGCCGACGAUUUAUGUGACCAUUAGACAAUGCAACCGAAGUGUAAGCCAGGUGCUCCAGACAACUGAUUGACGCGCUCUCGGUGAUCGUCAUAAUUGGCCAGCGCCGCCGUUAGCUUCUCUUGAGGUGGCGCCAUCGAAUAGUGUGGGAAUAGUACAUGUGGAACUUAACAAACGUGGGGUCCGUGACGGUCACAACAUUUCUGGAGAUACACAUGUAAAUGUUGUGACAAGCCAAAGACCAAGGAAAGAGAAUGAAUGUGGUUGACGUGCCUCACACCUGACGCACUGCAGUUUGGCGGAGCGGCAGUUUGGCGUGCCAACAUCUGUACGAAUAGCGAAUGUGCAUAGCCAUCGUUGUACUCGUUUGAAGAGAGGCGCACACGAAAGUGCCUAAAAACAUUUCUUGUCACAUAUAAAAUUGCUGUCCAAACUUUUGCGCUCCAAUACCAAUAGCACAUAACAUAAUAUGGCAGCGGCUUUGGCAAGAACCGUUGAGCUCUCACGCACAUUACGUUCAUAAUAACUACGUAUGUUUAAAAUAUACGCCUGCUUCUAGCAGCAUAUGUCAAGGCGAAUUCAUACAGGGUGGCUGUUGUCACCCUUUAUGAAUUCGCCUCACCACACACGUAAUUGUACGGGUGAGCGUAGAAUGCGCCAAACACACUGCAAUAUCAACCGUAUGCAACUAACGGUAAAAGAGCGUAAAAUCGUAGACAGCAAUAUGCAACAUUAGGAAUCACUGCACUCAGUUGCGAGCACCUGCUACCCAAGAGCAUACCAAAAAGGUAUCUCCAGAGAUACAGGCCUCUACCACUAAAUACAGCGAAGUUCGAGUCUUAGGAGCAUGCAACCAUGCAAAUUUGUUACUGUCCUCGUACGUAUUCUUCACUCUCUUCGUCCUUUCAAAUUCAACACACAAAGUGGCUACCUUAGCUUGUAGUAGAAAACGACAUCAACCAGGAUGCAUGACGAGCCACUGAGACCUUAACAAAGAUUUCAAUUGCUCGCCGUGCACCAGAGUUGACGCCGAAAACCGCUGCGAAGUUGAAGCUACCAUUUUGUUUGCCGUUUGAAAGAAGGUUGGUGCAGUAAAAAAUACUCACUGACGUAAAUAACAGACGGAGGCUGCUGCUCACUCUCUUGACUCUUUUAUAGUGAACCACUGGAGGGGCUUCACAAUUCGAUUCUCCAGUAGUUGUGAAGUUGCUGGCGUACGUAGGCCAAUUUGAGCCGUGAGUGGCACGGCUGGUUUGCGCUUUUGUGUUACGUUGAAUAAUGGUGUGCUCAAAACGUCACCAAGUCUCUCCUCUCAAUUGGAUCAUGCGUAUUUCUUCAGGCAAAGCAAACAGCACAGCACAUGGCUACGCUGAAUACCUUGCCUGGCAACCCGAUAAUCCAAUGUAAUUUGAGAGAUUUGGUAAACACUUUGAGUUUCUUCGUUGCGGAUGAGGGGUGAGAAAGUUGAAAAAGUGUUAGUUUACAAAUGUUUUUUUAAUAUUAACUUAUAAAUAAUAAACUGUAAGUGUGCUGGAAUGUGUCUUCUGCUUCACUACGAGAUUCUUUUUAGUUCUCAGUUGCUUCACUGGCACUGCUCCUGGCUUCAUUGGUUUUGCCGUCAUUUUCGUUUUUGCGUUUCCGGCAUUCGUCGUAGGUGUGUCCACGGAAGUUACAGUAACUGCAGCGUUUGUUGCGUUUUGUGGCCUGCAACAAUUGCACUGUGUCGUACUCCAAAUUAUUGUGCUCAAUUAUACGCCCCUUCUCUAAUAACUCCCGGAACGACUUAACAUCCAGUCGCUGUAUG